CUGUAUCCCAUUAAUUAUCCUGCAACAGGACUGAGCUUUCAGCAAAGCAAUUUGCGCUUACCCUAAAACCCUUUAUAAAGAAUGGGCGGCAACGUCAUCCACAUUACUAGCAAGGCCGAUUGGGACAACCGGUUGGCUACCGCCAAGAGCGAGGGCAAAGUGUGCGUUGUGGACUUCUACGCUCAGUGGUGCGGGCCCUGCAAGAUGAUUGCUCCCCACUAUGAGGCGUUGAGCGCCGAGUACCCGAACGCCUACUUCUUGAAGGUUGACGUGGACGCGGUCCCGGCUGUUGCGGAGGUGUGCCAGAUCAACUCCAUGCCCACCUUCCACGUGUACAAGGACGGAGUCAAGGUGGGCGAGUGUGUGGGUGCAAGCCAGGAGAAGCUGAAGGCCCUGGUGGCCGCACACGCAAGCAAGGCCGCGUGAAGAAGUGAGGAGUGAAAAGCGAGGUCGGCGUCAGGAAGACGCUGGCAAAAGGAGUAUGUGGG